AUGUCCUUGCUGUCUAAAGUUUAUACUUUACAACCAGCUUUUUCUCGCACUCUUACCCGUUCUCAUUCUACCAAAUCGACCCACUUUUUAAACGAAUUCAUGACAUCCAAAGAAAAGGGACCCAUUCAAAUUUCAAUUGAGAACAAGAUUACUGAGGCUUUAAACCCUACAAUCCUCGAGGCAGUCAAUGAAUCGCAUUUGCAUGCACAUCAUGCCGCAAUGAAGGGAAAUACCAACAAGGAGACCCAUUUCAAGGUCACAGUGGUUUCUGAAGAGUUCAAGGGAAAGUCUUUGAUGCAGCGUCAUCGCUUGAUCUAUGGCUUGCUGAAUGACGAACUUCAAAACCAGGGAUUGCACGCCUUGACACUCAAAACCAAGACACAAGAAGAACUCGAUAAGCAAUAA